AUGAUUACCACCACUACAACUUCGACAUCAACAUCAACGUCAAGAUUAGGUAAUAAUUUAUUAUUGAAUCCAGGUGGAAGAGAUGGUGUACUCAGGCCUUGGGUCGUGGGUGGUAACUCGAAUCCAAGGUUAGAUAAUGGCACAUUUGAUCCGGGUUACUUACCUCGCACUGGACUAUUUCAAUUUGCUGGUGGCACUGGUUCGUUCGGCACGCUUACACAGACCGUUGCCAUUGUGGAUGCAGAUCGAUUGAUUACAACAUCGAAGAUCGAUGGUGGUUAUGCUGCCGUCAAUUUGAGUUUUUGGUCUCGCGGCGCUGCAUACACAACAUACGAUGGUGCCGCAGUCGCCUUGUACUUUCUCAAUGACUUCAAUGGUACUUUGAGUAAUGCUACCUCUCCCGAGCAGGCAGCUAGUUCUAGAUGGAUCUUAUACGCAAACUCAUACCCUAUUCCUAUCGGAACAAGAUCAAUCCAAUAUCAAAUGAGAUUCAUUCGACACGAUGGAGCUGAUAUAGACUCGUAUAUCGAUGACAACAUUAUGACUGUCUAUUAA